CUGUUGGUGGGUUGGCCAGUGUUCGCCUGAUAACUUUCCUUAGCAUGCAGAGGAGCGAGUGUCUGAGUCACAAAGCUUUUACCGGAGAGUUUAUCAUCAUACAGCACUCCAGUGAUUUUAAAAGGUUUGGCUCGAAAUGACGACCCAGCAGCCCCCUCUCUCCCAGGAGAUUCUGGCUCAGUGUAACCAGCAGGCCAUGGAACCAUGGGGCUCCCGGAAGCUUCGCCAGAGCCGCCAAGGCUCCAUCUCCACCCUCCGCAGCUCCCUGUCUAGGGACCAACAGCAGCAGCAGCAUCCCCGGUACCCUCUUCUACUCCCGAGGGGCUUCCUCCCUAUCGAGUCCUCAUCCAGGAUCCCCAAUAUCAGCAACCCAAACUCCCCUUUCAUACGCCGGGACUUGGUCGCCCUGACCAAGCGUUUUUCUUUUGGCGGUUGGCUUCAGGGCAGUCGGGCCAGUUUCUCUGGGUUUCCCCUCCAUCAGCCUGUCCAGCUAGAGAACACCUAUAAGACUGAACCAGAGAAGGGAUGUCUUUUUAAAGCCAGUAAGGUCCAGAAGCUUGUGCAAGCCAUGCUGGAUAGUUAUCUGGAUGGGGCCAGCUAUAACGCAGCCUCAGGCAGCCAUCUUAGCCAGAUUCUGUCAGACAUGGUGAAGAGCAAAGUGAAAGAGAUCAGUCCUCCGCGGUACAAGCUGGUGUGUCAGGUGGUGGUGGGGCAGAACAGGAACCAGGGUCUACGAGUGGCCAGUCGCUGUCUUUGGGACUCGCAACAUGAUGACUUUGCAGUUGCCAUGUUCCAAAACCAUUCUCUUUUCACGUUGGUCAUAGUCCAUGGAGUUUAUUGUGAGUGAGUCAUACGCACUGGCAACAACUAUACUGAACAAAAAUAUAAAUGCAACAUGUAAAGUGAUGGUCCCAUGUUUCAUGAGCUGAAACAAAAGCUCCCAGAAAUAUUCCAUAGGUACAAAAAGUUUAUUUCUCUCACAUUUUGUGAGCAAAUUUGUUGACAUCCUUGUGAGCAUUUGCCAAGUUAAUCCAUCCACCUGAUAGGUGUGGUAUAUCAAGAAGCAGAUUAAAAAGCAUGAUUGUUACACAGGUGAACCUUGUGCUGGGGACAAUAAAAGGCCACCAAAGUUUUGUCACGUCUCAAGUUGAGGGAGAGCGCAAUUGGCAUGCUGACUACAGGAAUGUCCACCAGAACUGUUGCCAGAUAAUUUUAUGUUUAUUUCAUAAGCCUCCAGAAACAUUUUAAAGAAACUGUCAGAAAUUGUCUCAGGGAAACUCAUCUACGUGUUCGGUGUAGUAACCGACUCCAGUGGGCAAAUGCUUACCUUCGAUGGCCACUGGCAUGCUGGGGAAGGGUGCUCUUCACCGAUGAAUCCUGGUUUCAACUGUACCGGGCAAAUGGCAGUGUGUAUGGCUUUGUGUGAGCGAGCAGUUUGCAGAUGUCAACAUUGUGAACAGAGUGUACCAUGGUGGCGGUGGGAUUAUGUUAUGGGCAGGCAUAAGCUACGGACAACGAACAAAAUUGCAUUUUAUCAAUGGCAAUUUAAAUGCACAGAGAUACCAUGACAAGAUCGAGGCCCAUUGUCGUGCCAUUCAUCUGCGAUCACUUCAUGAUUCAGAAUGAUAAUGCACUGUUCCAUGUCGCAAGGAUCUAUUCACAAUUCCUGGAAGCUGAAAAUGUCGAUUCUUCCACAGCCUCCAUAAUCACCAAACAUGUCACCCAUUGAGCAUAUUUGGGAUGCUCUGGAUUGACGUGUACAACGUGUUCCAGGUCCCGCCAAUAUCCAGCAACUUUGCACAGCCAUUGAAAAGGAACAGGACACCAUUCCACAGGCCACAAGCGGCCUGAUCCACUCUAUGCGAAGUAGAUGUUUUGCGCUGCAUGAGACAAAUGGUCACACCAGAAACUGACUGGUUUUCUGAUCUGCACCCCUACUUUUAUUUUAUUUUAAAGGUACAAUUGAAGUCAGAAGUUUACAUACACCUUAGCCAAAUACAUUUAAACUCCGUUUUUCACAAUUCCUGAAAUUUGUUCCUAGUAAAAAUUCCCUGUCUUAGGUCAGUUAGGAUCACCACUUUAUUUUAAGAAUGUGAAAUGUCAGAAUAACAAAGAAUGAUUUAUUUCAGCUUUUAUUUUUUUCAUCACAUUCAGAAGUUUACAUACACUCAAUUAGUAUUUGGUAGCAUUGCCUUUAAAUUGUUUAACUUGGGUCAAACGUUUCAGGCAGCCUUCCACAAGCUUCCCACAAUAAGUUGGGUGAAUUUUGGCCCAUUCCUCCUGACAGAGCUGGUGCAACUGAGUCAGGUUUGUAGGCCUCUUUGCUUGCACACACUUUUUCAGUUCUGCCCACAAAUGUUCUAUAUGAUUGAGGUCAGGGCUUUGUGCUGGCUACUCUAAUACCUUGACUUUGUUAUCCUUAAGCCAUUUUGGCACAACUUUGGAAGUAUGCUUAGGGUCAUUGUCCAUUUGGAAGACCCAUUUGCUAGCAAGCUUUAACUUCCUGACUGAUGUCUUGAGAUGUUGCGUCAAUAUAUCCACAUAAUUUUCCUGCCUCAUGCCAUCUAUUUUGUGAAGUGCACCAGUCCCUCCUGUGGCAAAGCACCCCCACAUGAUGCUGUCACACCCGUGCUUCACGGUUGGGAUGGUGUUCUCCGGCUUGUAAGCCUAAUUUUUCCUCCAAACAUAACGAUUAUGGCUAAACAGUUCUAUUUCUGUUUCAUCAGACCAGAGGACAUUUCUCCAAAAAGUACGAUCUUUGUCCCGAUGUGCAAUCUUCUUCCUUGCUGAGCGACCUUUCAGGUCGUCUUACUGUGGAUAUAGAUACUUUUGUACGUGUUUCCUUCAGCAUCUUCACAAGGUUUUGCUGUUGUUCUGGAAUUGAUUUCCACUUUUCGCACCAAAGUACAUUCUCUAGGAGACAGAACACGUCUCCUUCCUGAGCGAUAUGGCUGCGUGGUGCCAUGGUGUUUAUACUUACUUUUGUUUGUACAGAUGAACGUGGUACCUUCAGGUGUUAGGAAAUUUCUCCCAAGGAUGAACCAGACUUGGCGGUCCACAUUUUUUCCCCCUGAGGUUUUGGCUGAUUUUUGAUUCUCCCAUGAUGUCAAAGCACUGAGUUUUAAGGUAGGCCUUGAAAUACAUUCACAGGUACACUGCCAAUUGACUCGAAAUAUGUGAAUUAGCCUAUCAGAAGCCAAAGCCAUGACAUUUUCUGGAAUUUUCGAAGCUGUUUAAAGGCACAGUCAAAUUAGUGUAUGUAAACUUCUGACCCACUGGAAUUAGGAUAGUGAAAUAAUCAGUCUAAACAAUUGUUGGAAAAAUUACUUGUGACGCACAAAGUAAAUGUCCUAACCGACUUGCCAAACCUAUAGUUUGUUUUAAUGACUCCGACCUAGGUGUAUGUGAACUUCCGACUUCAACUGUGUGACCAGAUGCCUAUCUGUAUUUCCAGUCUUGAGCAAGCCGUAGAUUAGGGCCUAACAAUUCACAAGACAGAUUCUCAUUACUCAGUAAAAUCUUUGAAAUUUGUUACAUUUAUAUUUUUGUUCAGCGUAGAUCCAAAUUGUUGCAAGUAGCUAGUCCACCUGGAUGAACAGUAAUAAAGUCCUAGUUCCUAGGGCCAGAAUAUGUCAACUCUGGUGUAUGGCCAAGACUAGUUUGAGAAUGAAUUUGUAUUUCACCAACACCAUUGCCAAAUGUGCUUUUUGUACAAAUGUUAAGCUCAUGGGACAAAAAAGCUUAAACUGUUGUAUUUUCAGAUGGAAAUCAGACAAUUGUCAGACUUCAAAAUGGUCAAUGUGAUUACCAUAAACUUUAUUUUCCUCCAUUCGCCCAAAUACAGUACAUAGUGAUCAUAUCACAUGUCAAGACCAUAGAAUUACACAUUAAUAAAUAAAAUAAAUAGACAACAUUUGUCAAAAAAAUAAAGGUUCUUCUGAAAUAGCA